CCGCCCUCCCGGGGCUCUGAGGCGGCGGAGUGAACGGGACGGGCCCGGCCGCCGAGCGCCGAGCGGCGGGUAGGACGCCUGGCGCCUGACAGAGUUGUUGUUCCGGCAGCGUCCGCGGAGACGUGAGGUGGAUGUGGGAAGAGAAGCUUGCAGUAUUGAAAUGGAGGUCAGAGCUUCAUUGCAGAAGGUUAGUGGGUCAUCUGAUUCUGUGGCUACACUGAACAGUGAAGAAUUUGUUUUGGUUCCUCAGCAUGCUGAUGAUACUUCUACAAAAGAUGAUGAAAAACCUCAACUGAAGAUAGUUUCUAAUGGUGAUGAACAAUUGGAAAAAGCUAUGGAAGAGAUUUUGAGGGAUUCUGAGAAAGGACAAAGCAGCCUUCUUGUUGAUUGUCAAAGUUCCAAUGAGAUUUCAGACCAUUCAUUUGGAGAUGUUACAGCCAGCCAAUCAAAUAAGCCAUCUCUUCAGUUAAUCUUGGAUCCAUCUAACACAGAAAUACCUACACCCAGACCAUCUUCUCCAAGUGGGCUACCAGAAGAAGAUAGUGUCUUAUUUAAUAAACUGACCUAUUUAGGAUAUAUGAAAGUUUCGUCCCCACGUAAUGAAGUAGAAGCUUUACGGGCAAUGGCAACCAUGAAAUCUUCCAGUCAGAACCCUUUUCCUGUUACUUUGUAUGUGCCAAAUGUCCCAGAAGGUUCUGUGAGAAUUAUAAACCAAUCGAACAAUUUGGAGAUAGCAUCUUUUCCAAUCUAUAAGGUGUUAUUCUGCGCACGUGGGCAUGAUGGAACAACAGAGAGCAAUUGCUUUGCAUUUACAGAGAGUUCCCAUGGUUCAGAAGAAUUUCAGAUACAUAUUUUUUCCUGUGAAAUUAAAGAAGCAGUAAGCAGAAUUUUAUAUAGUUUCUGUACAGCCUUCAAACGUUCUUCUAGACAAGUGUCUGAUGCUAAAGACUCGAUUAUUCCAACCCCUGACAGUGAUGUGUUUACCUUCAGUGUUUCUUUGGAGGUAAAAGAAGAUGAUGGAAAAGGAAAUUUUAGUCCAGUGCCUAAGGAUAGAGAUAAAUUUUAUUUCAAGUUAAAGCAAGGAAUAGAGAAGAAAGUUGUGAUUACAGUGCAGCAACUUUCUAACAAAGAACUAGCCAUUGAAAGAUGUUUUGGAAUGUUAUUAAGUCCAGGUCGAAAUGUGAAGAACAGUGAUAUGCAUUUACUGGAUAUGCAUAAACCCCAGAAACUUUCUACUGCAGAUAAACGAGUGUACAUGACUGUGGCAGUGGAUAUGGUAGUCACAGAAGUGGUGGAGCCUGUUCGCUUUCUCUUGGAGACUGUAGUUCGUGUGUACCCUGCAAAUGAGAGGUUUUGGUAUUUCAGCAGGAAAACUUUCACAGAGACUUUCUUCAUGAAAUUGAAACAGUCUGAGGGAAAAGGACAUUCCAGUGCUGGAGAUGCAAUAUAUGAGGUGGUGAGCCUGCAGCGAGAGUCUGACAAGGAAGAACCUGUUACUCCUACUAGUGGAGGGGGUCCAGUGUCACCUCAGGAGGAUGAAGCAGAAGAAGAAAGUGAUAAUGAACUCUCAAGUGGAACAGGUGAUGUUUCUAAGGAUUGUCCUGAGAAGAUCUUAUAUUCUUGGGGAGAAUUGCUAGGACGAUGGCACAGUAACCUUGAUUCCCGACCAAAAGGGCUAUCCAGUUUGGUAAAGAGUGGUGUUCCCGAAGCACUGAGGGCAGAAGUAUGGCAGUUACUAGCACGCUGUCAUGACAACCAGGCAAUGCUGGAUAGAUACCGAAUUCUUAUCACGAAGGACUCAGCCCAGGAGAGUGUUAUUACUCGAGAUAUUCACCGGACAUUUCCUGCCCAUGAUUACUUCAAAGAUACUGGUGGAGAUGGUCAGGAAUCACUCUACAAGAUCUGCAAGGCCUACUCCGUGUAUGAUGAAGAUAUAGGGUACUGUCAAGGACAAUCUUUUCUUGCUGCUGUACUACUGCUGCAUAUGCCAGAGGAACAAGCUUUCUGUGUUUUGGUGAAAAUCAUGUAUUACUAUGGUUUACGAAACCUCUAUAAAAACAACUUUGAAGAUCUUCAUUGCAAAUUCUACCAGUUGGAGAGACUAAUGCAGGAACAGCUACCGGACCUUCACAGUCAUUUUAGUGAUCUGAAUCUGGAAGCUCAUAUGUAUGCAUCACAAUGGUUCCUCACUCUUUUUACUGCCAAGUUCCCACUCUGCAUGGUGUUCCACAUCAUUGAUUUACUGCUUUGUGAGGGUUUGAACAUAAUCUUUCAUGUAGCCUUGGCUCUCCUAAAGACUUCAAAGGAAGAUCUUCUGCAGGCUGAUUUUGAAGGUGCUUUGAAGUUUUUCAGAGUUCAACUUCCAAAGAGGUACAGGGCAGAGGAGAAUGCCAGGAGAUUGAUGGAGCAGGCUUGCAAUAUUAAAGUGGGUGUGUGCACUGGCACUGAACUGCAGUAGUUUUCCUUGGAUAGUCUGGUCUGGAGCUGGAGGAGCAGCUGCUGCUGUGGAAAAGCAGCUGGCAAGAUGAUGGAAGAAAUCUCAAUUAUG